CUUGAGCAGUGUUUGGAGUGGUGCAUGUGAAGUCGUCGGGAAGCUGCGUUGCUGCAGAUCCUGACUCAUUUGGGCCCUUCCAUCAUUGCCCGCCACAACCUGGCCCUCACGCGGGACGCUUUUUUGCCAACGACAAACACAGCAACCGCAUCGACAUCGAGUGUCAAUUUCAGCGUGGAACCACAAAAUGACGCGCAAAUGCAUCCUUGCCACCUCGCAGCUCAAUCAGUGGGUGCUCGACUACGACGGCAAUCGGGACCGGAUCAUUGAAGCGAUCAAAACGGCCAAAGCUGCAGGCGCAAGUUUGAUUCUCACGCCCGAGCUAUGCAUUCCCGGAUAUGGCCUGCUGGACCACUUUCUCGAGAACGACGUCUAUGCAAAUUCAUGGGACAUCGCCGCUGAGAUCAUCGCCCAUCCAGAAUGUCAAGAUAUCAUCAUUGAUCUGGGCCUACCAGUCCAGCACCGAGGUUGUAGUUACAAUGCCCGACUCCUCGCUUUGAACGGAGAAGUUCUCGCAAUUCGACCGAAACUCGACCUCUGCAACGAUGGCAACUUCCGUGAGAUGCGUUACUUCUCGCCCUGGCCAAGACAACGCGUAGAGGACUAUCACUUGCCGAAGGUCAUCUCUGCUCUUGCCAAGAACCAGCGCAAGACACGAAUAGGUGAAGUUGCUUUCGAGACGAACGAUGCCUCGUUCGCAUCCGAGACCUGCGAAGAGCUGUGGACUCCAGAUUCUCCGCAUUCUCUGUACUCGCUGGCAGGUAUCGAGAUCGUGCUCAACUCUAGUGGCAGUCACCAUGAACUGCGCAAGCUCGAUACUCGCAUCAACUUGAUCAAGGAAGCCACUGCCAAGACGGGCGGUGUCUACAUGUAUUCAAACCAACGAGGCUGCGAUGGUGACAGGCUGUACUACGACGGAUGUGCUCUGAUCCUGAACUCCGGCCAUGUGCUUGCGCAAGGCUCACAGUUCUCAUUGCGAGACGUGGAAGUACAGACUGCAUUGGUUGACCUCGACGAGAUUUGGUCCUUCCGAACGUCGAAGAGUCGAGGAAUGCAAGCCAACAAUGCACAUGUCCAUAAGCUGGAGCGCAUAUCCGUCGACUUUGAUCUCUGCUCAAGUAAGAUUGAUCCUCUGACGAAAUUGACACCCACAGUGGACCCGCGAUACCAUCUGCCCGAAGAGGAGAUCGCUCUCGGACCGGCGUGCUGGUUAUGGGACUAUCUGCGUAGAUCCAAAGCGGCAGGUUUCCUCGUCCCACUCAGCGGUGGUAUCGACAGCUGCGCCACCGCCACCAUCGUGUUCAGCAUGUGUAGGCUCGUGGUUGCUGAGAUCAAGGCGGGGAACAAGGUAGUCAUCGAGGAUGCCACCCGUCUCUGCAACGGCCAGGAUGUUGCGAGCAUGACUGCCGAACAAAUAUGCGGCAAUAUCUUCAUCACAGCAUUCAUGGGCAUGAAAGAGCAAUCCUCCAAAGAAACCCGCUCACGCGCAAAAGAGCUCGCAGAAGCCAUCGGCUCGCACCACAUCGACACCAACAUCGACCCGAUGGUCAAGGCCCUUCACGAACUCGUCACUGGCAUCAUUCAGAAAGAGCCCAGAUUCAAAGUCCACGGAGGCACCCAAACCGAAAACCUCGCCCUUCAAAACUUCCAAUCCCGUUCCCGCAUGAUCCUCGCCUACGCUCUUGGUCAACUCGUCCCCUGGUCUCUCUCCAAACCCGGCGGCCUUCUCAUCCUCGGCUCCGCCAACGUCGACGAAUGCCUCCGCGGCUACCUCACCAAAUACGACUGCUCAUCAGCAGACAUCAACCCCAUCGGCGGAAUUUCCAAGACCGAUCUCAAACGCUUCAUCGCCUGGUCGGAGACAAACUUCAACCUUCCCAUCCUCCGCCAAUUCCUCGACGCAGUCCCCACCGCCGAACUCGAGCCCAUCACAGAGACUUAUGUCCAGAGCGAUGAAGUCGAUAUGGGUUUCACAUAUGACGAGCUCUCGAUUCUCGGCCGUUUGCGCAAGACAUUCAAACUCGGCACAGUCGGAAUGUUUGAACGUUUAGUCGUCGAAUGGAGCGAGCGACUGGAUCCAAGAGCAGUGUACAAGAAAGUUCGAGAUUUCAUGUACUACUACGCCAUCAAUCGACACAAGAUGACAACUAUGACCCCCGGACUGUACCUCGAGUCGUACACUCCCGACGAUAAUCGAUACGAUCUCCGGCCAUUUCUGUAUCCGAGGUUUGCGUUUGAGCAUCGGAAGAUCGAAGGCAUGUUGGAGAAGAUCGAGCAGAAAAAUGGGACGACUGCGAAGCACAAUGGACAGUAGACUGUUCUGCACGGACUUCUUGCAUCGACGCUUGAAGAGAAUGGGCCUUGACCAGAAAGCUCCGUACUUUGUCAACAUCCAAAAAGGUCGAGCAGCGGGACCGAGUGCGUGGCAUUCGACGCUCCUCUCCCUCACACGCCUGAUGGUGAUGAACCUGUCAGCCAGCAACUUCAUAUAGACCACUGUCACAGUGAUAUCAUCGCCUUGGCAUACAGUAGAUGUUUGUUUUCCUGGUUGUAUACCCAGAGUCUCAAAAGCCGAGUUUAUAUGAUUUUCCGCGAGCUGAAGCCUGACCGAGAGCCGUACAACCCAACAACAUCGAGGCAUCUAAUAACAUAAUCCAAGUAUAACAGGG